CUCUCGCUGUGAGUCAGUCUGUUGGUUUCCAUUCGUCGUCCGUCUGGUAUGAGACUGAAGAGAAGACGAAGAGGAGAAGAAGAGGAGAGAAAUAGGAGAGGAAUAAAAGAGGACGAGUGAAGGAAAGGAGAGAGAAACACAGUGAAGAAGAAGAAGUAGAAGAGGAGGAAGAGGAGCAGCAUCAGAAGAGUCAGAUCCCAUCCAAUCAGGAGCCAGGAAACCUUCAGCAUGGAGCAGUGACGGCCAGGAUCAGCAGCCUUGAUGGGGUCCACCAGAGGACAAACAGGGAGUCUGAAGGUGCUGCACUUCCUUUUGGGUCUGUUCCUGGUUGAUGGUCUGGAGCUGCUUCCUUCCUCGCGUGAAGUUCUACUCAACUCAAACUCCAACUUCACUGUGGUGUGUUCAGGGUGGAGUCCUGUGACAUGGCGGUUGCCGACGGACUCCCCGUUGGACGGCGUUACCAUGGAGACCCAGGGGUCCAGCAGCGUCCUGAAGCUCGUAAACGCCACCUGGAGGAACUCUGGGAGAUACACCUGUGAUGAGGCGUGGGCCAAUCAGAGCAGAGACAUCGACAUCUUCAUACCUGGUGGAGGGCCGGAGGAAUGGUUUGUCCCGCUGGGUCCAGGUGUGGUGAUGAAGGAGGCGGAGGAAGACACCAUCCCGUGCGUGGUGUCCGACCCGCGGCUCAACGUCACGCUGUACCAACGUCCCGGCAGGACGCCGGUUACCACGACGGCGUACGAGCCAGGACGCGGAUUCACAGGUCGUCUGAACGACACGUCGUACGUCUGCUCGGCCGCCGGCGCCGCCGGGGAGGCGGAGUCACAGGUGUACUACGUGUUCAGCGUCGUAGUCCCUAAGCUGAUGGAGGUGGAUCUGACGGUGUCCAGCUCCGUGGUGAAGCAGGGCGAGGUCCUCACGGUCAACUGCACCGUCAAAGAUGCAGAGAUGGUCUUCUUCUCCUGGGACUUCCCCCGCAGACAGGAGGUGGAGCCUCUGACGGACUUUCUGUCCAAUCAGAUCCGCUCCUUCGUUACCAUCUCCGUGGCAACAGUGGAAGAUUCUGGUGUGUAUGUGUGUGAGGUGAAGGAGACGAUGCAGGGACAAAAGGUGAAGAAAAAUGUCACGGUGACGGUUCUGGAGCGUGGCUUCGUCUCAGCCUGGCCUUCAGGAGACACCAACGCCUCGUGUCUCCUCCACCACACGGUGGCGCUCAGCGUGGACGUCAAUGCCCACCCCGCCCCCACCGUCCUCUGGACCAGAGACAACCACACUGUCGCCACGGAAACCACCACCGUCACCACGGCACACCUGACAGAAAGCAGGUAUGUGAGCACUCUGACGCUGAUUCGAGUCCGGAUGAAUCAGACAGGAAGAUACACAGCCACCGUUUCCAACGACGACGACGAGGAAGAGGUCGUCUUCAACCUGGAGGUCAAAGCCCCCCCUAGGAUCACGUCUCUGUCCGAGGUCAGCAGUACAGCGAUGCUGUGUGUCAGCGAGGGAGCGCCGCGCCCUUCGGUCACCUGGUACACCUGUCCCAGCUCCCACAGGUGCAGUAACGUGACAACAGGCUGGAGGAGCCUAUCGGCAGCCUCGGAGGGUGUGGCUCUGCAGGAGAACGUCACACAGCUGGAGGAGAGAGGCAUCUCACAGGUGCGCAGUGUGUUGACUCUGCAGAGUCUCAGCUCUGUGUCAGCUGUUCGCUGUGAAGCCAAAAACUCUGCAGGAUGGCGAGCCAGAGACCUGAGAGUCCUGUCCAACUCUCUCCUGUCUCAGGUGAUGGUAUUAGCAGCAGUAAUGGUUCUGGUCGUCAUCGCCAUCGUCUUCCUCAUCAUCCUCAUCCUACUGUGGAGAAAAAAACCUCGUUAUGAAGUACUCUGGAAGGUGAUUGAGUCGGUGAGCGCUGACGGACAGCAGUACAUGUACCUCGACCCCACCGCCCUGCCGUACAACUCUGCCUGGGAAGUACCGCGGGACAACGUAGUACUAGGUCAGGUGUUGGGUUCAGGUGCUUUUGGUCGUGUUGUCGCGGCGACCAUCUCUGGUCUGCUUCACUCUCACUCUACAACUAAAGUGGCCAUCAAGAUGGUCAAACCCAGCAGCGGUGCCGAUCAGUCUCUGAUGUCUGAAUUGAAGGUUCUGGUUCAUCUCGGCCCUCACCUGAAUGUCGUCAAUCUGCUGGGAGCGUGCACGAGAGGAGGUCCUGUCUAUCUGAUCACAGAGUUUUGUCGUCAUGGAGACCUGGUGGGCUACCUGCACAGGAACAAACACACCUUCCUGCAGACUGACGCAAAUGCACACAGUGACGGUGAUGGAGGUUACAUGGACAUGAAUAAAGAGGAGUGCGUUCAGUAUGUCGCCAUGAAGGAGCUCAGCUACGCCGACAUCGAACCUGCAGACUACGAGACGCCGUACAUGCCGCCAGACCACCAGGAGGCGUCGUCUUUCCUCAGUGACUCUCCUCUCCUCAGCCUCAACGACCUUCUCAGUUUCUCCUUCCAGAUCUCUCAGGCCAUGGACUUCCUCUCCUCCAGAAAUUGCGUCCACAGAGACCUGGCUGCGAGGAACGUCCUGGUCUGCGAGGGGAAGCUGGUGAAGAUCUGUGACUUUGGUUUGGCCCGAGAUCUGAUGAAGGACCAGGACUACAUCGCCAGAGGAAACAGCUUCCUGCCGGUGAAGUGGAUGUCUCCAGAGAGUAUUUUCCACAACAUUUACAGCUCUCAGAGUGACGUGUGGUCCUACGGAGUCUUACUGUGGGAGAUCUUCUCUCUGGGGGGGAGCCCGUACCCCGACCUUCCCAUGACUCAGCAGUUUUACUCGUCUCUGAAGAGAGGAUACAGGAUGAGUCGCCCUGAUCACGCUCCGAACGACAUUUAUGAUCUGAUGAGACAGUGUUGGGAGGAGAAACCUCAGUCCAGACCUUCUUUCUCCUCGCUGAUCAUCGCCGUGGGCAACAUGAUGACCGACGACUACAAAAAGCGUUACCUCCAGCUGAGCCAGGACUUCCUGAAAGGUGAUAAUCCAGCUGUGGUUCGGUCCAGAGGCCGUCCAAUCAAAGACCAGAUGGACGGACAGACAGACGCAGACGGACGUCCCGCUCCCCAGGUGACUGUUCACCUGCUAGAGGCGGAGCCAGAGGAGGCAGGCCCCUCCCACGGCAGUUACAUCAUCCCCGUCACUGACAUCAUCAUAGAAACCAGCGGCAGUUCUGCGCCGGACGCAGUCAGCCCUCAGCUCUCAGAGUCUCCAGGAGAACAGGAAGUGACAUCAUCAGAGGAUGGACAGAAAGUGACAUCAUCAGAGGAUGGACAGGAAGUGACAUCAUCAGAUGACGUGCAGGAAGUGACAUCACCAGAGAAGUGUCCUGAGGAAGACGAGAGCUGCCUGUGAAAGAAACCUAAAUACAAACGGCAGCAGAAUCAGAUUCAUAACUUCAUCAUAUUUAGCUGCAUAUUCUUUUAUAUUUGAUCCAGAAGUGUCUGUGUAUAUCUGCGUUAUUAUUUUAAUCUGCUUCCAGACAAACUUUCUUCAGUUUUAAUAAACGUUUGUUUACUGAAA